ACACUGGGACUUCCAGCUCUAAUGGCAUGUUGAUGUUGGCGUUUUCCGCCUUAUAUUUGCGAUGUUAUGGUGGAAUAUGGUACAGUGCGUUGACAAGCGUGUGAAUUGGAACGUGGCAGUGCUAAUUUUGAACGAAUACCACAUUAAAUUACUAAACUAAAUGGUUACGUAGACAAAUUACCUUGGAGUUACGGCUUACGAUGAUUCUGCACAGGUCACCUCGCCAUCUUGAAAUAAGUGGUAAACAAACGUCAAAAUAAAAAAACAUCGAAAAUUGAGCAAAAAAACACCUGUUUUAUCCAUGGUUGCCAUGCAAAUUUCGAUUUUUAAUGUCGUUUUCUCCCCUCUACCUCUUCUCCAUCCUUUUCCGGAAUUUGCGCAGCGGUUUCGUCCGCCGCAUUCACCAAUCACCGCAACGUAAAUUUGUAAACAAUAGUAAGCAAGUGAUAACAGAAUUGUAACAGAAACAGAUGAAGAAUCUUCUUUUUCAGUGAGAUAUGAAUGGACUGUCAACUUUUAUACAUCACUAUAUACGUGAUCUUUUCCUUUUAAUCAUUUGAUGAUUUAAGCAUAAUUAUUUAGUUUCAAUCUUACACGCUCAACCACUAACUUCCUGAAGAAUUUCAAUCCUUCUGCGCGUCGCUCACACCCAGACAACCCCCAACUCCUCAUGUCCUACUCGCUUUAGCAGAUAUUAUUGUUUACAUCAACCUUCCUCGAGUACAUUUCAAAAGAAUGGCAAACCUAGUCAAAGAUGUUACCAUCUCAGACAGUCAUCCAAACACUUUGUUGAAAGAUAAACAUGUAAAUUACUUAAAAUCCUAUAGUGACAAUAAGGAAGAUUACGAAUAUUGCAUGACUGAGUACUUGAGAAUGUCAGGGAUCUAUUGGGGUCUGACUGCCCUUGAUCUCUUGAAUGAAUCUAAUGAGGAAAGCACUGAGGCUAUGAUGGAAUUCAUACUGAAGUGUGUCAAUGAUGAAGGUGGAAUUAGCCCAAGCACUGGCCAUGAUCCACACAUUUUAUACACUCUCAGCGCUGUUCAGAUUGCAGCGUUAUUGAAGCAAGAGUCUAAAUUACCUGUACAGAAGAUAGUUAAAUACAUUCAAAGCCUUCAACAACCAGAUGGUAGCUUCGCAGGCGACAAGUGGGGUGAAAUAGAUACAAGAUUUUCGUUUUGUGCUGUAGCUUGUCUUUCAUUGCUGGGUCAACUAGAUGCCAUAGAUUUGAAGAAAGCUCUAGAUUUUGUUAUGUCUUGUCUCAAUUUUGAUGGAGGAUUUGGAUCACGGCCAGGAUCGGAAAGUCAUGCUGGCCUUAUUUAUUGCUGCGUUGGAUUCCUUUCAGUUACAGGCAACCUUCACUUAAUAGACGCAGAUUUGUUGGGUUGGUGGUUGUGUGAACGUCAACUCCCGUCUGGUGGCUUAAACGGCAGACCUGAAAAACUACCAGACGUCUGCUACUCUUGGUGGGUCUUAGCCUCUCUGUCCAUUCUUGGGAGGUUAAAAUGGAUCGAUCAAGAUAGUUUAACCAGAUUCAUUCUCGCCUGCCAGGAUACGGAAACAGGCGGAUUCAGUGAUCGCCCGGGUGAUAUUCCUGAUCCUUUUCACACCCUCUUCGGAGUUGCUGGAUUGUCCUUACUCGGCACAAAAGACCUCAAAGAAGUUGAUCCAACGUUCUGCAUGCCUGCAAAUGUUAUUCAAAGGCUGGGUGCUGUGUCGCAGAAACUACCUUCUCCCUAAUACAUCCUCAGUGAUAAAAUCUUGUUUUCAAAUGUUUAAAUUUAAAUUGCAAUGCCAAAAAUUCAUUAAAAGUUUUUUUUACAAUUGAAUCGUA